AUGCAAUCAUCGAUGGUAAAAUGGCUACUAAAUUCCGUUGCAAAGCAAUCUUCGCGAAAUCCGAUUGAAACGAUCGUAUUUUGUCUGAUAAUUGCUUCAUUUACAUAUGCUUCAUUAUUUAGAUCCCUAAUAGAAUCAGAUUUUUUCAAAUUACAAGAAAUUGAUUUUGUUCAAAUUAUUUCCUAUCCUAACACAAAUGAGUUUGUCUUCCUCCCUAAACCUGUUUCUAUUAGUCAGGCUUCGCGAAUUCGAUUAAAUCAACUUAUUAUAAAAACUCAACUGGAUGAACCUGUUAAUUCAAUUCUUCCUCAUCAAUCAACAAUUGUUUCAAACAACUUAGGAUCUCUUGCUAAACUUCAAAAGCUUGUUGAAAAAGAAAUUUAUGUUUCUGAUGGGACAAAUAAAUUAUAUUAUAAUGAUGAUUUAUGUUAUAAAUUUCCUGGGGAUUCUUUAUGUUUUUCUUUAACUUCUCCUAUUCUCGAAAUCAAUGCUACAAAUUCUUUUUGUCAUUCCUCUUCUUUCGGUCCUUACACUGACUUGAAUUGUGAUGAUUCCGCAAUGAUUUUAAAUUACGUUUUAAAUGCUGAUGGUCCCUACUUGGCUUAUACUGAUGCUUGGGUGGAUAAUAUUUCUAAUCUACGUGUUGAUAAAUUUAUCUCUAAUGGAAAAAGAUCUUCUGUUCCCGCUAAAAAAGGUUCUUUUGCUUGGUUUGCUUUCGCUAUCAGUAACCUUUUUUUUAAAGUUCAAGAAUUGAUCCAGCAAGCUGAUACCAUCGAUAUCUUG